AUGGAGCCGGUCAAUAGGACAGGAAUUCUUUCCGAGUUCUUUCUGAAAGGCUUCUUGGGCUACCCAGCCCUUGAGAGCCUUCUCUUCCCUCUCUGCUCAGCCAUGUACCUGGUGACCCUGCUGGGGAACACGGCCAUUGUGGUGGUCAGUGUGCUGGACGUCCACCUGCACAAGCCCAUGUACUUCUUCCUGGGCAACCUCUCCAUCCUGGACAUCUGCUACACGUCCACCUUUGUGCCCCUGAUGCUGGUCCACUUCCUGUCGACCCAGAAGACCAUCUCCUUUAUUGGCUGCGCAAUCCAGAUGUGCCUGAGCCUGUCGACGGGCUCCACAGAGUGCCUGCUGCUCGCCAUCAUGGCCUACGAUCGCUACCUGGCCAUUUGCUGUCCCCUCAGGUACCCGGUGCUCAUGAGCCGCCGGCUCUGCCUGCUUCUGGUGGGAGCCGCCUGGGCCCUCUGCCUCCUCAAGUCAGUGACUGAAACCGUCAUCACCAUGAGGUUGCCCUUUUGUGGCCACCACGUGGUCAGCCACUUCACCUGCGAGAUUCUGGAAGUGCUGAAGCUGGCCUGCGGUGACACGUCGGUCAGCGAGGCCUUCCUGCUGGUGGGCAGCAUUCUGCUGCUGCCUGUGCCCCUGGCCCUCAUCUGCCUGUCCUACACUCUUAUCCUGGCCACCAUUCUGAGGGUGCCCUCCGCUGCUGGGCGCCGCAAAGCCUUCUCCACCUGCUCGGCACACCUGGCUGUGGUGCUGCUCUUCUAUGGCACCGUCAUCUCCACAUACAUGAAGCCCCAGAGCAAGGAGGCCCACAUCUCUGAUGAGGUCUUCACGAUCCUCUACGCUGUGGUCACACCCAUGCUGAACCCUGUCAUCUAUAGUCUGAGGAACAAGGAGGUGAAGGAGGCCACCAGGAAGGUGUGGGGCAGGAGCCAGACCUCCAGGUGA